GUUGAAAGCAAGUGGGGAAAGGUUUAAGAUAAACUAGUGGAGAAGUAAAUAUCCUUGAUAGUGCUUUUAGCUUAGUUUGCAGUUUAGACGGAUAAGUUUAAUCCUUUUACAACCAUUUUAUAACACACAUUUUUAAGGUCAUAGUUUUAAGACUAAAUUGCUUGCUAAAACACAGCCUUAUUGUGCUUGAUAUUUUGUGUUAACACUGAUAGCUGUUUCAAGGCCAGCUGGAUAUUACUUGUUACUCAGCCCAAAAUUAAGAUUGUGGCGGUCUUAUUUUGGGGCUGGCUAUCUAGCUAUCAGGCGUGCAUGAGCUGUGAAAGGUGUGUGUGUGUGUUUUGCGUAGGCUGGAGUAAAGGACACCUGUGGACUUAAAUACCUUAAUUUAGGUCUGGGCAACAUCAAAAAGAGAUUACUGAAAUCUAUUUGGAUUUAUCUGAAUUGAAGUUUUUGUGGAUAUUUGCACAUAUUAGUGAUGGAUAUGGAGUUUGAAGGCACGGAUAUGAUAAAUGAGAAUGGGGAUGCCCCAGAAAGUGAGCAGGGACCAGAAGAUGGCUUGUUAAGUCAGGAUCAGCAGGAGCUGUCGGAGCGUGUGUCCUCCCUAGAGAAGAGAGUGCGCGACCACGAGAAUGAGAUCGUCUGCCUCAAGGGGACGCUUGCAGAUGUCACACGCAGGCUCUCCCAUCUAGAAACCGCAAAACCUCCAUCUUCCACAAACAUUCUUCCAUCCCGUCCAAUCCCCAAGUCCUCUGGGCGGCGCACUAUGGGUGGGAUAGAGAGGCCAAAGUCACAGAUCAUUCUGGAGAGUGCAAGCUUCACUGCUAGAACCCCAGCAUCCCCCAGACAGACCCCUAGAGGGGCCUCUGCCUCAACUAUGAAGAAAUGGGGCUCCACAGAGGAAACACGAGCAUCGGCAGGCAAGACCCCUCGACCAAGCAGUGCUCAGCUUAACCACGCCAAACGUAGCACCUCAAUUGGAACUUUACCCCUUCUUAAACCAGCGCUAACAAAGGGUAUCAAAGAGCCAACAUGGAAUUCAGAGGACAAGUACAUCCGCAUGCACCUGAAGGGCCGCCCAGUGCCCCUGUACGCCCCCACCAACAUCGAGGAUGAGGGCAAGUAUGAUGUGAAGGCACCUCAAAACCCGCCUGCCGAGCAACUCAAACUAGAAUGGGUAUAUGGUUACCGUGGUCGUGACUGCAGGUCAAACCUGUACACCAUAGCAACAGGGGAAGUAAUCUACUUCAGUGCUGCAGUGGUUGUCCUCCAUAACUUCGAGGAGCAGACACAGAGGCACUACACGGAACACACUGACGAUAUCAAAUGUCUGGCCAUUCAUCCAGACCAGGUGAAGGUGGCAACCGGGCAGGUUGCUGGUCAUGAGAGGAAGGAGGGCAAGCCGCACGUGAGGGUGUGGGAGAGCAUCAACCUGACAACGCUGCACGUGAUUGGGGAGGCGGAGUUCCAGAGGGGUGUCUGCUGCGUCUCCUUCUCUCCAGUGAAUGGCAAGCAACUACUGGCAGUUGAUGAGAGUAACGACCAUGUCCUGUCCGUCUGGGACGUUAGCCAGGACAAGAAACACUCCAAGAUCACCGACAGCAAGUCGUCUGGUGACCCAGUAACCCAGUGUGAGUUCCAUCCCAAGGAAGAGAAUCAGAUCGUCUGCUGCGGCAAGUCACAGAUCACGUUCUGGACCUUGGAGGGAAAGAAACUCGACAAGAAGGCGGGAAUCUUUGGGAAAUAUGAAAAGGCAAAGAUAAUGAUCUGUUUCUGCUUCACUGAGAAUGGGGAUGUCGUGUCUGGAGACUCCAGCGGCAAUAUCUUUGUCUGGGAGAAAGGAACCAAUAAAAUCACCAAGGCUGUUCCAACCGCCCAUGAUGGUGGGGUGUUCAGCAUCUGUUGUACAAGGGAUGGGACCAUUCUCUCUGGAGGGGGUAAAGACAGGAAGAUCAUUGCCUGGGACGCAGAGUUCCAGAAAACGGGAGUGGAAAAUGAGAUCCCAGAGGAGUUUGGAGCAGUGCGGAUGAUAAGCCAGGGACCAGGCAACAUGAUUCUAGUGGGAACCAUCCGUAACUGCAUCCUGCAGGGCAAUAUGGACCUUAACUUCACCCCUGUGGUUGAGGGUCAUAAGGAUGAGUUAUGGGGCCUGGACGUGAGCACCAGCCAGCACCAGUUCCUCACAUGCGGCUAUGACAGGCACCUGUACCUGUGGGACGCCCAGUCUCGCUCCGUCGUCUGGAGGAAGGAGAUCUCUGACGCCGCCCACUGUUGCUGCAUCCAUCCGAGUCUAGAGAUCGCUGCUGUGGGUCUGCAGACGGGCAAGUGGCUCGCACUUGACCUCAACACUCAUGAGAUCAUUGCUGUGCAUACUGAGGGCAAGGAGCAGACUGAGUGCAUCCAGUUCUCACCCGACGGCAAAAUGCUGGCAGUGGGUAACCGUGACAACUACAUCUACGUGUAUGAGGUGAGUGAUGAUGGAAAGAAGUUCCACAGGGUGGGCAGAUGCUCUGGUCACAGCUCGUUUGUGACUCACAUUGACUGGUCUGAGGACGGGGAAAUCCUCCGCAGCAACUCUGGCGAUUACGAGAUCCUGUACUGGCGGCCUAAGACGUGCAAGCAGGAGACAUCAAAGGAUGAUGUGAGGAACCGAGUGUGGGCAACACAGAACUGCACACUCUCCUUCCAGGCUGUUGGUGUCUGGCCAGAUGAUGCAGAUGGUACCGACAUCAACAACUGCUCCGUGUCACAUGACAAGAAGCUGUUGGUGAGCGCAGACGACUUUGGGAAGGUCAACCUCUACGAGUACCCGUCCAUCCAACCCAAGGCCACGGGUCACUCAUACCAAGCCCACAGCAGUCAUGUGACCAUGGCAAAGUUCCUGUGCGAUGAUUCACGUGUCAUCUCCACUGGCGGCAAAGACAUGGCCGUCAUGCAGUGGCAGGUGGUCGCUUAGUAACCAUGGCAACAUCGUGUUGAUCACAUGGUUUGACCCUAGGUUAUGCUGCACUAUACUUUGUGAGGUUGCUAGAAGGGGAACUUGGUCCCGAUCGAUGCAUAAGUGAAAUGAUAUGCAGGGUUCUCUUUGUAUCUUUAUGUGUAUUUUUUGCUCAUAUUCAUGGACAUUUUAUUUUAUUUUACUGCAACUGUGACAAAAAAUAUAAGGAGUUAUAUAUUUAAUUUUUUUGUUAUCUGCUUUAUUUAGAAUUUUUCAAUGUUUCUAGCUUAAUGUUUAUUCUCUUUAAGAAUUAUUAAAAAUCUUUGGGUAUUUUUUAAGGACAAGUAGAGUCUUUGUAUAAAGCAAGCAAUUAAGUGUUAGGUUCUUGAUGUUUAUAUUUAUUCAAUAAAGAAACACAACUUUGUGCCUCAUUUUAUCUGCAAUUACACUCUUAGCUUAUUAAAUGUUAUAAUGCACACUUUUCACUGUGUAUUUAUAAGAUGUAAAUUUUAAAGUGUCAUUCAGCAUCUCAAGUAACUGAAGUUAGAAUAUUAUUACAUCCCGUACAUCAUAGUCGUAUGUAUCACUAUUUGUGCGAAGACUCGUAACUGUAUACAACUAUAUAUUGUUCACAUUGUAUUCCAUCUUAUUUUGUGUUGUGAUCAAAUCAUGUUAUAUUUUCAUAUUGUGUUAGGUGUAUGAUUUUUUAUUAACCAAUUGUUUUUUUGUACAAUGUAUAAUACUGUUGUAAGAGCCAUUGUUUUAUUAUUGUACAUUCUCUAGCUAAAAUAAAUCUCUAAAAGGUCA